AAGUAAAAUGCCUGGCAUUUGCUAUCGAAGUUGCUUCGAAAGGUUAAAUAGAUAGGUCUCAUCUUCUUCAAGAAAAAAAUUACCACCGCAGGUCGUCCUCUGAUCAGUCAAAAAUAUUGCAAAAAAAAUUUUUGCAGCAAGAGGCACUCGUGAUCAUAUUGGUGUGUGUCUGCAUAAAUUGUACAAUGGAUGAACGAAUUGAAAAGGUUGGAGAUUUUACUGUGAUAAUCGAGGGUGAAGACGGUAAAGAUGAUACCAAAUCAAAAGGAGUAAACAUCUUGUUAACUUUUCACGAUAUCGGUUUAAAUCAUAAGACAUCUUUUGAGAAAUUCUUGAACCAUGAAGAUAUGAAACAACUCCAUGAAAAGUUUAUUGUCUAUCAUAUUCUUGCACCAGGCCAGGAACCAGGAGCAGAGAAAUUUUCUGAAGGAUACCAAUAUCCAACGAUGGAUGAUUUGGCUAACAGUGUUGACAAUAUCGUGAAACACUUUGGGCUCGUGGAUAUUGUAGGAUUUGGUGUUGGAGCUGGUGCUAACAUAUUAGCUCGAUAUGCAUUGAAACAUCCUUCAAAGCCAUUGGGUCUUAUCCUUGUUGAACCCUCGGCUAGUAAAGCACCACUGUUGGAGAAAGCGGAAGAAAAGUUACGAUCAUGGCAAUUGGAAAAAAGUGGUUUUAAUGAUCAAGUGAAUCAUUAUUUUGUUCAUCAUCAUUUUGGAAAGAAACAUGGAAAGCCAGAUAUGAAGGCUGUUGAUGAAUACAUUAAGAAUCUCACAGAUUCUUUUAAUCCUCACAAUUUAGCUCUUUUUGUCCAUGCGUACAUGCAACGCAGCGACAUUACCCAUGAACUCAAGAAUAUUGAGUGUCCGGUUCUGGUCAUCAAUGGUGAUCUUUCACCACAUCACAAGGACUCGGAGAAAUUUUUCAGCGUCUUGAAUAAACGUACGUGCAACAUUUUAAGACUGGAUGAUUGUGGCUCCGAUCCUCUGGAUGAAAUGCCCAUGCAAUCAGCUGAGGGUGUGCUCUUGUUUAUUCAAGGAUUGGGACUUGUACCAACAUUGCGCACUCGUUCAAUGUCUGGCAACUCUGUUGGCUUAGUAAAGUCUCAUGAAGAAGAUAAUACCAACAAGCAGCAAGCAGUUAACACUUAACAUUAGAUAAAAAGAUCGUGUUUUUGUUGCUUUGUGAUUAAGUUGUGCUUGCAUAGUUUACGAUAGCCUUUAUAAAGAACAUAUUGUGAUUUUAAACUAUAUGAAAAAUAUUUAAUUAAAAACUAAUUUCAUUUUAUCAAA